CACUCGGUUUCAUUUGGUUGGGUUGGUUGACGAACGGAACGGGAUGGUCGGGUCGGACGACCGAUGAUGACAUCGACGACGACGACGACGACGAGUGCGAGCUAGUGUCGUGCAACGAAGAGCGCCGCGAGAGCAGAGAGCUCCCCGUCCACCAUUUUGGCUUGCGGGAAAUGCUGCGUUGUGGUGCAGACUCGGCACCGACAACCGUCGGCCUGCAGGUGCUGAAGAGAGUGCGCGCGGCUCCGGAUUUUCAAGCAUUGCUGAAUAAAAAAGAGAGAAUUUUUCGAGCCCCGUCGUCGUCUUCAUGGUUCCGCUCUGGUCGGCGUCGAUAAAAUUUUGUGUUUGACACCAGCAGGCAGAAGUUCGGUCUCGCGCGGUUCGCAAAAAAGUGUCCAAAUUUCGCGUGAAAUCCGUUCCGGCGAGGGCCAAAAUUAUCCCCAUCCGUCGCGGAAUCCGGUGGCGAACCGUUUGUGCAUAUUUUCCGACCCGAAAAGGUACCGUUUGACGGUAAAAAGUGACCACAAAGUUUUUUCAUUUUUUCGGGCUGAGAUCCCCCGCCGCAGAAGAGCACUGUGUCUCGCGUUUGGUUUGCGUUGUCGUGCGCUUUGCGAGGAAGGCGAAGGAAAAAAGGUCGCCAUGACAGUCGUCGGGUCGGCUCGAUCUCAGCUCAGCAGCGGCAAUCUCUAGACGGGGAAAAAAGGAAAUUUUUCCGACGAAAAGCAGCUUGUGCCCUCCGCGCUUCUAUUAUUUUCCGGUCAUUUUUCGAGCCGAAUUUUCCGCCGAGUUCAAACAGAAGCAAAAACAAUUAUUGUACAAAAAAGUUCUAUUUUAUUUAUAAAAUUAUCCAAGUGAAUUAUAUUUUAGUGGAUAAGUGAGGCGAAUGGAAAGUGAUCAGUGAGUGGGGUAAGAAGGGAGUGGAAGUUUGUUAAACCAUUUUUUCUUUGAAUUGAUCGCCGCCGUCGAAUGUCCGCACUCCCUCCCGCAAGUAAGAAGUGUUUCGGCGUAUGAGUGAGAGAGAAGAAGCGAAAAAAUUCGGAGUGUAUGACGGGUGUAGGAAAUAAUAGAGCGGAACUAGUGCUAAACGAUCUGUGAUCUGAUUGGAAAUGUUAGAAAGUGAAAAAGGCAAGUGAAAAGAAAAGCAAUCGGCAAUAAAGUAAGAAUAAAGUGCGUGUGUGAGAACAAAGAGCGAAAGAAGCAGCUAAGCAGCAGUGUGAUUUUAGAGGGUGGUCUUCUGGAUUGGGGCUCCGUUCCGGCAAAUGGAUUCCGGUAAUCCUCUUCUCCGUCAGCAGCAGCAGCAAGUUCUUCCACAUUUGGAACGGGAGCACCGCCAGCACCACCACUACCAGUACCUCCAGCCUCCGCUUCAACAACAGCAACAGCAGCAGCAGCAGGCGGCAGCGGCGACACUACUACAAGUGCAGCAACAUCACCAUCAACAACAGCAGCGAAUUAAAACUGGUUGGGGUGCGACGUCAGCGACAGCAGCAGCAGCCGCCGCGGCAUCGUCUUUCAUACAGAAUAUUGUCAGCACCGCCGGCAGUAGCACCAGCGGAGGAGGAGAGCUUUUGAUAUUGCACACGGGCGAAACUCCCUACCAGUGCACAUAUUGUGGGAAGAAAUUUACCAGAAAAGAACAUCUUACCAACCAUGUCAGGUUACAUACCGGGGAAACCCCGUUCCAGUGCACUUAUUGCGAGAAGAAAUUUACGCGAAAAGAGCAUUUGACGAAUCACACGAGGUUACAUACCGGCGAAACUCCCUUCCAGUGCUCGUACUGUCAGAAGAAAUUCACCCGCAAAGAGCAUUUAACGAAUCAUGUCAGAUUACAUACUGGAGAAACCCCCUUUCAGUGUACCUAUUGCGAAAAGAAAUUCACGCGCAAAGAGCAUUUAACGAAUCAUGUCAGAAUACACACUGGCGAGACUCCGUACCGGUGCACGUAUUGUGAGAAGAAAUUUACCAGAAAAGAGCGUUUGACGUAUCACAUAAGAUGGCACACCGGAGAGACUCCUUAUCAUUGCACAUAUUGCGAGAAAAAAUUCGCAAGAAAAGAACAUUUAACGAACCAUGUCAGAUUGCAUACCGGUGAGACGCCCUAUCAUUGCACCUAUUGCGAGAAAAAAUUUACCCGCAAAGAGCAUUUAACGAAUCAUGUCAGAUUGCACACUGGAGAGACUCCCUAUCAGUGCACAUAUUGCGAGAAGAAAUUCAGUAGAAGAGAGCGUUUAACGAUUCACACAAGAAUACAUACCGGAGAGACCCCUUAUCGAUGCACAUAUUGUGAUAAGAAAUUUACCAGAAAAGAGCGUUUAACGUAUCACAUAAGAUUACAUACAGGAGAGACCCCUUAUCAGUGUACCUAUUGCGAGAAAAAGUUUACCCGCAAAGAGCAUUUAACGAAUCAUGUCAGAUUGCACACCGGAGAGACUCCCUAUCAGUGCACUUAUUGCGAGAAGAAAUUCACUCGAAAAGAGCAUUUAACCAACCACACAAGAUUGCACACUGGAGAGACCCCCUAUCAUUGCACCUACUGUGAGAAGAAAUUUAUGCGAAAAGAACACUUGAAAAAUCACGUCAGAUUACACACCGGAGAGACCCCUUAUCGAUGCACAUAUUGUGAUAAGAAAUUUACCAGAAAAGAGCGCUUGACGUAUCAUAUAAGAUUGCAUACUGGAGAAACUCCCUACCAGUGUACGUACUGCCAGAAGAAGUUUACGCGAAAAGAACAUUUAACCAAUCACACCAGAUUACACACUGGCGAAACUCCGUACCAUUGCACUUACUGUACGAAGAAGUUUGCUCGCAAAGAGCAUCUCACAAACCAUCUCAGAUUACACACUGGCGAGACGCCCUACCAAUGCACGUACUGUUCGAAGAAGUUCACUCGCAAAGAACAUCUCACAAACCACCUCAGAUUGCACACCGGGGAAACUCCCUACCAGUGUAACUAUUGCCAAAAGAAGUUCACCAGAAAAGAACACUUAACGAACCACGUCAGAUUACACACGGGCGAGACUCCUUAUCAGUGCUCGUAUUGCCAGAAGAAGUUUACCAGAAAAGAGCAUUUGACGAAUCAUACCAGAUUGCACACUGGAGAGACUCCUUAUCAUUGCACCUAUUGCGAGAAGAAAUUUAUGAGAAAAGAGCAUUUAACGAACCAUGUCAGAUUGCACACCGGAGAAACUCCCUAUCAGUGCACAUAUUGCGGGAAGAAAUUCACCCGAAAAGAGCAUUUAACCAAUCACAUCAGAUUGCACACUGGAGAGUCUCCUUAUCGGUGUGAGUACUGUAACAAGUCUUUCACCAGAAAAGAACACCUCAAGAAUCAUAUCAGGCUUCACACCGGUGAUUCACCGCACAAAUGCGAGUACUGCAACAAGACGUUCACUCGGAAGGAGCAUCUGAACAAUCACAUGCGCCAGCACAGCGGAGACAAUCCACACUGCUGCAAUGUGUGCAACAAAACGUUCACCCGAAAGGAGCACCUGAUUAAUCACAUGAGCCGAUCGCACACCGGCGAGCGUCCGUUCCAGUGCGAUGAGUGUGGCAAGUCAUUCCCGCUCAAGGGCAAUCUGCUGUUCCACCAGCGCAGCCACACCAAGGGGCAACCGAUGGAGCGGCCGUUCCGCUGCGAUAUGUGCCCGAAGGACUUCAUCUGCAAGGGACAUCUGGUGUCCCAUCAACGAUCUCAUACCGGCGAAAAGAAUCACCACUGCCCGCAGUGCAGCAAGUCGUACGUCGAGCGUGGCAACAUGCUGCGGCACAUGAAGAAGACGCACCCGGACGCGGUGAUACCGGUGCUACCGAAGUUGCCGCACAUCAAGGUGGAACCCAAGUCCACCGGUGAGUACUUAUCUCAGCCAACGUCGGUGGUGACGUCCCCGGCUCAGGCCACGUCCACAAUCACGUCGAUCAUCUCCAAUACUCAUCCAUCGCAGCACCAUCACAUUCAACCGAAAAUGGAACAGAAAUCUCAGAUACAUCAUCUUCCGAUUCCCCAUCAGCAUCAGGCUCACCAGUUGCACCACCACAUCUCGCCAUCGAUGCAUCUGCCCCCACCAAACCCCCAACAGUUGGCAGCACUCGCCCUGCAUCAUCAGGUGGCCCAGCAACAACAGCAACAACAACAAUCCUCACCCUCAACGGGCCGAGCACAGCCUUCUCCUCGUACAUCACAUCCGCCGCCGCAGCAGCAGCAGCCGCUUCCACAGCAACAGCAGCAGCCGGUGCCGCUCCAGGUCCCCCAGGUGCCACCGGGCCCCCCGGAAAACCAACAGCAGCCCCAACAGCCGCAGCAGCCGGGCCCGGGCCAAACUGGACCCCUGCCACCACCACACCAUACGGUCCCGGUUACUAUUAUAACCCACGCUGGCACAAUUAAUCCGAUGCCGGACGGUCUCAACAACCGGGUUGGCACGAUCCAGAUGCACCACCUGAACGCGGCCCAGGCCGAGGAACACACAGUGGUUUACUAAACCAACAACACCAACAGUGAUCGGACCUAGUUACAGUAGAAUUUGCAUGCCCUCGUCUCACUCCACCAAAGACAAACCAUGCGUUCAACUUCAAGAAGGAGGAAAACAAGUACAGAUUUGCAAUUAGUAGUUUUUAGAUCAGAACAAACACAUUAUAGGAGGAACAUUACUCGUAACCAGUAAUAAACAUAGAGGAAAACAUGUAUGCGACAGAAGAAGAAAAGUACUAAAAACAAGUAUGUAAUAUAUACAAUUCUAUAUACACGAAAACAACAGAAAACAAACAAUAACAAAAAAGAUGGAUAACAUAUUGGAUCGGUAUCAGAUAUCGAUGAAAAACUAACUAAAAGUAAUAAGUAAACAUAAACAGUUGCAAAACAGCAGACACACAAAAUAACGCUAAUUUAGUGAAAGAGUAACAAAAUUGGAAAUAUGCUAAAAGUGACGGAUAUAUUAUUAGUAGGGACAGCAAAUCCAACAAAAAAAGCAAAAACUGACUGUUUAUAACGUUCUUUUUUGUUCGAUACGUGCAAACAGCAGCAUCUGCAGUGCAGCUGCCAGUCGUGAUAGUAAGUGAAACCCAACAGACACCGUUAUAAAACAAAACAAAAAAAAUCAGUGAAUAAAAAUAAAAACAAACACAAAACCCUUAGGUAAAGCUAUUACAAGAUGAUCAUAGAAAUCAAUACUUAAACAAAUAAGCAAAUUGUUGAAAAUAGGUGAAAUAAACAAAUAGUAAUUGAUUUUACCCCGCAGUU